CACAAAAUCGAUCUUAAAAAAGCAAAAAUUUGUCCUUAUAUUCUCUACAAAAAUAGAAAGAAAUAUAUUACAACAUGUAUCCUAGAUUUUCUUCAAUCCUUUUCAUCCUUCUUGCGAUUUCUUCUUCCUUUGUUGCUCCUAGCCAAUCUAGGAAAUUCAAUGCAAACAAACCAUGCAAGCAUCUUGUCCUUCAUUUUCACGAUAUCAUGUUCACCGGCCACAAUGCAGGCAAUGCAACGGCGGCCGUCAUAGCCAACGAGACCCAACUUUCCGAGACUUACAAAUUCGGAAAAUUCAUCGUUUUCAACGAUCCAUUGACGGCCGACAGCAGCCUUCAGUCGCCUCCGGUGGCUUGGGCGCAAGGGUUUUAUUUCUACGACAUGAAGACGACUUUUAAUGCGUGGUUUGCGUGCAGUUUGGUGUUCAAUUCAACUGAACAUAAGGGCACCAUUAACAUUAUGGGGGCGGAUAUAAUGGAUGCUGAGACGAGGGAUCUUUCGGUUGUUGGAGGGACUGGAGAUUUCUUCAUGACUCGUGGGAUUGCUACACUUCGCACUGAAGAAAUGGAAGGAGUUGCUUAUUUCCGUGUUCUAAUGGAUGUCAAAUUGUAUGAAUGCCAUUAGAGAAAACUCAAGUUGCCAACACUUUAAUUAAGGCCGCAUGUCUCUUUUGUGCGUGUUUUUGGGUGUGUUUUGUUUAUUUCGAAUUUCAAAUAUCGGUAAAUUGUAGACCGUCAUUGUAUUGAUUAUUUCUUGUUGUUGCUAGUUUUGUUUAUUUUCGUACUUUAUAAAAAGUUAAUUUUCUUGGGA